AUGCCAAAGAAGAAACCGUCUGAAACUAAACCUACCACUCAAGAACAAAAGGGUAAUGCGGGUAAGCAAACAGCGACAGCGGAACAAGAGAAGAAGGCAAAAGGACAUAGACAAAGGGGUGCAGGAACAGUGGUGGUUUCGAAGGGAGAAGUAACAGUCGGAGGCGUGGUGAUGAAAGAAUGGCAGAGAACGCCAUUGCAACUGGUUCGCGAAUAUUGUCAAAAGCAAAAACGCCCGAUGCCUCAACUUCUAAACGCUUCUGCUCCUGCUGGUAGAUUCGCGAUUCGUCUCAUUCUCCCUGACCCCAAAAACAAAGACCGUGAUUUAGUGUUUACGAGCAAAGAAUCAUUUCCUGAUAUGAUUCUGGCUCGUAACUGUGUGUGUCUCCUCGCCCUCCACCAUCUGCAGCCCACGCUUCCCCUGCACCAAAAGCUUCCUGAGCCCUACGCUUCGAUGUGGCUAAAAUUAACGGGCAAAAGCGACGCUGCCAAGCCCGCAAAGAAGGAAGACGAGGCUCCUAAAUUCGUCUGCUCGAUCUGCAACAAGUCCUUCGAAAAGGAACUAGGGUAG